AUGCUGAAGCUUGUGAUAGCUUGCCUCCUGCCAACUGUUGUCUAUUCAGCUGUGCAGUGCUACGUCGGUCAGAAGCUUUUCUCGUACGAGUCCACAAAUGUAAGUGUAUCCAUCACCUAUAAUGACCGUAGCAUCCUACAUUUCCAGGCAAUCUGCGCCAAAUUCAUACCGUACACGUGUGCAGUACAAUGCGAAUGGAGAAAACAAUGCAGCGAACACACGUCAUUCGCCGCGUUCCGAGGACGUCGCACUUUCGUCUCUGGUCUCCUUCUCAACUCAAAAUCGCUAAUGGUUUUGUGUUGCGCUUCGCUGGCGACUCGAGUGGAGACAGGUGAGAAGAAAGAAAGGACGAGUGGUCAGAACGGAACUGAAAAAAACUAGCUGGCGUGCGGGGGAUUAUCGCGAUCAGAAAUGUUGCAUUUGCAGACAACGCCGGCCGUGAAAAGUGUAUCUGGAGGGAUACCGAAUCGAUUUCGGUCCUUGGCCCAUCCAUCAGAACCAAUCCGGUGCUUGCACCAAACCACUACAUUCGGUAGGGAACGAAAUUAUUGCAAACAGCAAAGUUUCGGGUUUCAGUGACGUGAAAAUGGAGAGAGAUGGAAGUUCUCGAGUUGAUGUCACCAUUGAGGUGUGCCAGUAUCUUUCGGAAAGAGAUCAUUGCAAAGUGGAUGUAAUACCCAUGACACGAUAGGAUAUUCAGACUAUAUUGUUAUUCAGGAGAUGAGCGAAUUCGAGAAGAAGAGGUUCGACGUUAUCAAGGGAAAGCUUGAUAAGGCUAAUUCAAACAGCGCCUCGACGACGGAAGUGCCGGCAGUGAAGAACGAGGACGAUUUCCUCAACAAGAAGCUCCUCAACUAG